AUGACUUCCAAAUUAAUAGUCGUUGUCGGCGCCACUGGUACACAGGGCGGCUCUGUGGUACGCACAUUUUCGAAAAUCCCUGGCUGGGAGGUUCGAGCCAUAACACGCAAACCUGAUUCAGAGGCAGCUCGAAGGUUGAAAAACUCGACGCCGAACAUCACAAUCUACAAGGCGGAUUUGGAUGAUGUCGAGUCCCUGAAAGCAGCAUUCGAGGGAGCCGAUGCAAUCUUCGGCGUGACGGAUUUCUGGCAAUUUGUUCCACAAUACCGAGGUAACACACAAGAGGUAUGGGAUCAGGCUAAGGCCCAAUACAGUCACGGAGUGCCUUUGGAUACCAGCAACGCCAAAGCAACUUGGAAUGAGGUAUGCUACCUUCGAGAGUUCCAACAAGGAAAGAACAUAAUCGACGCUGCUGCACAUGCAGUUCCAGGACUUGAGACACUUGUCCUCAGCUCAUUAAGUGAUGCACAAAAGGCCAGUAAUGGCAAAUAUACUUGGGUGUACCACUUCGACAGCAAGGCUCACUACGUCAAAUACUUGAAAUCGAAAGCGGAGAGUGGAGAGUCAAGUUACCAGUUACUGCUGAAGAAAACGAGCUACCUGCAGAUGGGUUAUUACCUAGAUAACUGGAAGAUGAACCCUUUUUUCACUCCUAAGAAGGGGGAGGAUGGCACAGUUCUCUUUAGGUCCUUCGACCCAAUUGACACAGGAAAGGCCGAACAUCCGACGCCUUUUGUCCAUCCACCGACAGACACUGGCCCUUUCGUCGAAGCGCUGGUCCUCAAGGCAGCUCCAGGCACCGUAUUACUUGGGACUUCCGGUCCAAUGCCCUUCAACGAUUACAUCAAGUUAUGGGGCCAGAUCCAGGGUUUCGAGACUAACGUCCAGUAUGUGAGCAGCGAUCAAGUGGUCGAACUAUGGCCAGAUGGGUUUGGACUUGAGCUCGCCCAAACCGCUAGUUAUGUUCGGGAUUACGGCUGGGAUGGGGGUGAGAGAGCCAUCUUGCCAGAGCAAGCCGGUGUGGAUUUGAGUGCGUUAACAGACGUUACAUCGUACAUCAAAAGCACUGACUGGAGCUCUGUCCUAAAUAACUGA